UGCACUGUAUUUCGUGGAUUCCACCUUCGGAUUCGUGGAAGCUAAACUGAGGUGUCACUAAGAGGUCGUUCGUAUUUGUGUGGUUUUAAACAAAAUUGUAGUGUUUUGAUUCUGGCAGAUCAUACGAGUUUGUCCACUGGAACUGUACUCGUUAUAGAAAAACACUGUAAGAUAAGUAUUUUCUGCUUUCAGAGUGUAAAUCGCUUAAGCAGUACCUGCUGAAAGAAAAGAAAUGCUGUAGAUCCUUCAACUUCCAAUAAAAAAUGGCAUCUGCUGAUGAUUUAAAGUUCCAAGAAUUUGAUGAAGCUGCUGAUUUGCUUGCCCUGCAUCCUGAUGCGACAACACAGAGCAUCAAUGAAGGUGGAAAGGAUGCAAAUUUGACUAUAGAGUCUGAGGAUGAAAGUGACCUAACAAGACAGCCGUCUGAUGAGACUGAGCUUCUAGGCACAGAAAAGAAGCAACCCAGUUUCUGGACCUUUGAGUACUACCAAAGUUUUUUUGAUGUCGAUACUAAUCAGGUGCUUAGCAGAAUACGAGCAUCCUUUAUUCCAUUGCCAGGAAGGAAUUUUGUAAGACACAGCUUGCGCAGUAAUCCUGAUUUAUAUGGCCCAUUUUGGAUCUGUGCAACUUUGGUUUUUGCACUAGCGAUCAGCUGUGAUGUCAGUAAUGUCAUUAGCAGUUACUUGGAUGACAAUAUUCAUUACAGUUCCCAGUUUCGCAAAGUGCAGGACAACAUCUUAGAAGGCGGUGAAAUUCGUAUUGGUCCUGAUGCCAAAACAUAUUUGGACGAAAAUUCAGAUGAUAUCAGGGGUACUACAGUGGAGCAAAUCAAGAAACCCAAACAAUUUUACUCUGCAGUGCUAUUAAAAAUGAAAAAGCAUUUCCCUGCAAAAGAUCCCCUGCUGCAGAACAUGGCCAGUUUAUUGGAUCCAGCUAUGAAACUGCAGCUUUCUUCAAAUGUGAUAGCAGAUAUUGGCACUCAUCUCGGUUUUUGUAGCUCACGAGUGGAGCGAUGCAAACUGAUAGAUGAGUUUUCAGUAUAUCAGAUGACUGACUGGUCAUAUGGAUGUGACAAGUCUAAUUUUGUAAAGUACCGGUCGAUGCUGCUUGGGAGCCUUCCAGUACAAGACCUCCCAACUUUUCAAAAGUUAAUGAGAAGUGUUCACUGUUUGCCACACUCCAACAGUGAAGCAGAACGGGCAUUCAGCAUGGUUCUCAAAAGAUCUGUAAUCAUGUGCAGUGGCAUUGCAGUUUUGAUCACAUUUGUUUUCUUUUUAAAGAUGGUUUGCAUAGUACCACUGCAGGCAGUACAGUGGGUGGUAAUCCUCGUUGCAACGAUGCUUUCUGGAAUUCUGCUAGCACUUACAUUUUGGCCUGCUGUCUGUGAUGAUACCAAAGCAGCUGCCAUCACCACGCUGAUUGUCAUUGUGCUUCUCCAUGCCCUCCUUCCAGUUUUAAGCAAGUUUUAUUUUUUCAGUGUGCCUGGAGGAAGUGAUAAACAUCAGGGAAGCAUGAAGGCCCAGCAGCUCAACAGCACUCUGAAGAAUACCUCAGUAGCACAUUAAAGCUGAAGUACAUAUCCAGAUGAUGAACAUAGCAAAGAGAUAUGAUUCUGAUGGAAGAAGUGUUAAUAAAACAAUUUGAAAUACUGUUA